AUGAAUUUGCUAUUCAAGAAUUUAUUCCAAUCAAGUGCCAGCAUAAUAAGGAAUAACCUACACACUACUGGACCGGAGUUAGCAUGGGCCAAACAAAACUUACCUAAAACCUUUAUUAGUAAUAACAAAAAAAUAUAUCCACCCCAAGGAAUUGAAGAAGAACCUAGACCUGCUUUUAUUUGUCACCAAAAGACAAAUAUUAAGUACAGCCCUGAAAAAUUAUGGUAUAUUGCUUGUUUUGUAAGAGGGAUGACAGUGGAUGAAGCUGUAAAACAACUUAGUUUCAUAAAUAAAAAAGGUGCAGUUUUUGUUAAAGAAGCGAUACUUGAAGCUCAAAACUUGGCAGUCACUCGACAUAAUGUUGAAUUUAAAAGCAACCUUUGGAUUGCUGAGUCUUUUUCCGGAAAGGGUAUGACAAUCAAAGGAAUAAGAAGGCAUGCGAGAGGGAGGAUGGGAGAAGUAAGAUAUCAGUACAGUCAUUAUUUUGUCCGUUUAGAAGAAGGAAAACCACCAAAAGAUUAUUAUAAACUAAAUCCACUAACACCUCAGGAACAACUAGAUAAAUGGAUGGAACAAAUGAGAAAACGGAAGAUUAUCAAUUCAUAU